UUAAAUAUUUAAUCAUUAUUUCUUGAUUCAUUAAUAAAUACUAAAAGUAAAUAUCUAAAAGAAUAUUUCCGAAUUUUUGAAAAUUAUCUAGAGUCGUCCAGUUGUUCAAAAUGGGCGAACCGAAUUGUGCAAGUAAUUUUCGACCAAUAAUAAACAAAUAUGAAAGAUUGCCUACUUUGAGAAUAAUACUUUGUUUUUCUCAGCGCAAUUUUGAGUUAUACCCUUCUACAGAAUUACAGAAGGUUCAUGCAGAGUUACCUUUCUCUAAGGUAGCAAGCGUGUGUCAUCAAAAAGGCAGUCAACGGAACCUGGAGUGCCCCAAGGCUUCGUGAUCAGGCCUCUCUUAUUUUUAGCCUAUAUAAAUCAUCUCCAUGACACUGAUCUUGGUUUUUCGUUGUUUGACGGUGACACUUCCUUUUACUCAGUCUGAGAAAAAGUAGUUGUUUCACAAGGUCAGUCUUAAUCAAUCAAUUUAACAAUCCCUCAAUUGUAAACUGUCUUGGCGUUUUGUUUGAGCCUGAACUGAUAUUCGAACCACAUAUUGUUUAUCUCUGUGUACACUUUCAUGUGGUCUGGCUGCUGAAGUAUAUUCAAAUGUUCUCAAAGCAGAAUAUUCAUUUUUUCAGAGUUUAGCAAGUUUUAUCCCAAGGCAAGCUAUAAUACAUGACUGAUGAAAAAGAAAAGUUCAGAGAUUUUCAAAUAUUCAGGGUAACUUCAAUCAUGUUUCUCAAAAUAUGGCUGGUUACAGUUUUAUUUUUGUACGAAGUUUUUUCAUAAGUAUCGAAAAAUCUGCAGUUGAUGGUACUUUGACGUUUUAAGCCACCCUGUAUUCCUUAUCGCUUCGGAGAUCUCGAUCUGUGAAACGACAUGUGCCGCGUUGCAAUGAAAAUCAAACCUUUUAACGCUUUUAGCAGUUUUCUAGCCAAGCACCUUUCUAAGAUUUAUAAUAAAUAUAAUAAUUAUUUAGAUAACAUGCGGCACGUGCUUCGCUUGCGAAAAAUUUCAGUAUUUUACGCGUUAUUUGUGCAGCCGCCUAUCGAUCCCACCAAUUAAGACGUCUUAUCUCUCUAGAGAUAAGCGGCUACGGAUUGGGCUCGAUACACCGAGCAAAAGGUUGACGGAUAUAUUCGAAUAAUUGUUGUCCACAAAACGAAUGCAUAAUAACCAUGAGCCAAGCACAGCAAGAUGGACUGAGUCAUCUAAAAUCCUACUCGGGAGCGCUUCGAGUCGUGGAGGGGGUAAUUCCUAAACAAUUUGCAUGUUCGUUCUUAACGUCACGAUAAUAAUUUUCGUGAGCUUAAUAGGAUACAACCUCAAAUCUAAUCUGCUAAACUGGACGGCUGUCUACGCUUUAACCUGCGUGGUGUUUCUGUUAGCAGUACAUGUCAGCGGGUUUACGAAGACAUCUGAAUGGCCUUGGUUUUGGAUCGAAUGUGUUAACUCAAUAAUACUGACCGUUUUAUUUGCAACGACAUCUACAAUUGUUAUCUCGGACUUGUCCAAAGGAUUUAUCGUCACCGGGGUGGUCGGUUAUGCGAUAACCAUAGUGUACGCCCUGGAUACAUUGGAUAAAUACAAUUUGGCAAAAACACCGAGGUCGCGAUACGUCUGGACCACCCCCAACAUGCCAGAAUUAUCCUAAGUUUGCAAUGACACCUAGCAGAAUAUUUAUGAGCACCGUGUGCUUGAAAUAAUUUACAAAGAAUUGUAAUGGAACGUCUCAAGUAUUACAGACUAUGAUCAAGUUGACUUUUUACAGUUAUUUAUAUUAGGUGUCUAUGUAGAAUGUACGUGUACCAAAUAAAAAUAAAGGCUGGUGCUUUUAAACCGCGGUAGACCAAGUAGACCCGGCUUGCCAACUGUUAGUAGGUGUUUUAAAGAUCUUGUCAUUUUCCUUCACUACAUGCACUAC